GCCCUCGAAUGUGGAAGCUGGGCUCACCUUGUGUAUGGUGUUUGUCAUGAAGUAGGCGUGGAUAAGUUGGCCAAAAAUUGGUAGGCGCCGGAAAUGAGAACUUCUAAGGAGGGUGAAGGAGUGGUUGGAAGCAAAAGGAGGUUGCAAUUAAACCAGGGUUGUAUAAUCAGCGAGAAAUGUGGAUACCUGCAUAUGUGAAGCAUAUUUUUUGGGCGGGGAUGCAGACGACUCAGAGGGUUGAGAGUAUUAACAAUUUCUUCGACGGGUACUUGAAGAAGAAUACGAGAUUAUAUCAGUUUGCUCCUAGGUACUGCAAGGCCAUGGAAAGUAGGGCCAAUGAUGAAAAAGCUGCUGAUGUGAACUGCUGUCGUUUUACUCGGUCUUUGGUUGGAGAGUUUGCUGUGGAGAGGAAGUUCCAGAAACUAUAUACGGAUGCGAAGUUCGUUGAAGUCCAGAUCCAAUGUAUGCGGGUAUGUUACGUAACACCUAUUACUUCGAAAGUAGUUUCUGAUGUGGAGGUUGAGCAUACGGUGUCUGACAAAGUAUGGGUAUGGUCCAAGUUCUUGAGAAAGGAAAUAUCUUUGGCAGGCCGGAAGCGUAUAUACGUCGUGAUGUUCAACAAGGAGACCUCAUUUGCAAAGUGUGACUGCAAACAUUUCGAGUGCCACGGCAUUAUGUGUAGGCACAUCAUUAAGGUGUUGGACGUGGAGGAUGUGGAAAAUGUGCCUGCUGGAUAUAUAGUUGACCGAUGGAGGAAAGAUAUACAACGCAAGCACACUCUUGUGAAGGUUGCUUAUCAUGAUCCCGAGAAAACAGAAGAAGUUAAGCGCUAUGACCGGAUUAUGAAUGCGGUGGAACCUGCUGCCCUCCGUGGAUCACUUUCCGAGCAGAAGUUGGAUUUGGUCAUAGAAGGUAUUAUGAAUAUUGUGUUACGUCUUGAUGAGAGUGAUGCUCUUUCAGCAGUUGGUGAUAACGAAGCUGGUGCACUGACUUCCGGGGGGAACAGGAUGGCGAUUGUUGGUCCUACGACACCAGGCUCCGUUAACAAACCUCCAAACAGCGUUGGGGAUGAUACUACCACACUUACCCCCCUGAAGCAAGUCAAGAAAAACAAGAGUGUUGUACCACAAGGCUUUCCAGAAACCAGAAAUUGUCAGAACACUUGCCUUCCUCAACACAACUACGUGCAGCCGCCAAACACCUUCCAUCCUGGUUGGGGAUCCCACGAUCAAUAUGGGUAUAGUGCUGAUUACCCGCCUCAAAUGGCUGGGCAAGUAAGGGGGACUAUGGUAUACCCUCAGCAGAACUACAACAAUGGGGUAUCUGUUCAACAGUUUCAGUCAUCUGGAAGAGUAAGUGGAGUUGUUGCCACAAAUUUGUUUCCCUCAGGACAGACAGAAAUUCACAUGUCUGUGGGUGGGAUUCGUAUGACCCCGGAGGGUGGUGACGUACUUUUGUCCCAAGACCGUUGUGGUAUAUCAAUGUCACAAAACAUAUCUGGUGGUCCAAUUGCCCAAAACCUAUCCGGUUUACACAUGUCCCAGAACAUUAAUGGUGUGCAAAUGUCGCAAAACUUGAGUGGAGUGCAAAUAUCUCAGAUGUCGCAAAUGUCCCAGAAUGCUGGUUCCAUUCGUUACUUCACCAGUAACAGCAGCAGCAGAGGUGGAAAUUAUCAAGAGGCCGGGACUCAUUGUAUGCCUGCAAAUCAUAACCAGCACCGGCAUUGUUUCCAGGUUGUGAACGAAACCUCCCAUGGGGAUCACCGCAGUUAUCAACCAACUACUAAACACUUGUUGCAGUCCAAUCCGGGUUUUUUAGUCAAUGAGGGUGGGUGUGGAACGCAUUCUAUACAUGGCGCCAGUGGUAAUCUAGUAUUCACUCAAGACCUGCUCAGUUGUCAUGACCUUACGAAGAAUUAG